CCGCUACGGCGAGCGAAGUGGGCCAGAAGUGACUGAGUCCCUGCUGGAGUUUGUUGUCUGCGGUUCUGUUUGAGGGAACAACAACAACAACAACAACAUCCCGUAUAAAUCGAAAUUCAGAGCAGCACUGUAUAAUGCGGUAUAGAGGAAGGCUUGGGCAGCCCAGGAUAUGGGGCUGGUUACUGCUGUUGUCCUGCUGCCUGCUUGGUGUCCAGUCACACGGGGGCCAGCAUGAGCAAGCUGGGUCACCACAAGCAGGAGAAGCCUACCCUCCCAUCACCCGCCUGGACAGGAACAUGGUCCAGGACAAAGACCACAUCAUGGAACAUUUGGAAGGGGUCAUUGAGAAGCCAGAGGCAGACAUGACCCCACAAGAACUGCAGCUUCAUUAUUUCAAAAUGCAUGACUACGAUGGCAACAACCUGCUGGAUGGGCUUGAGCUUGCCACUGCCAUUACACAUGUACAUAAAGAGGAAAAAGGCGAGAACAGCCAGCCAAUGAAAGAGGAAGAGCUCAUCCGCCUCAUCGAUGAGGUCCUCAGAGAUGAUGACAAAAACAACGACGGUUACAUCGACUAUGCCGAGUUCGCGAGGUCCCUCGAAUAAAGCGCAGAGUGCCUACUGCCUUACUGUGAGAUCCGUUUACCUCUGAUUUACGAAUGGAAUACUGUCAGUUAUUUGUGCUUAUGCGUUUCACAUUUGCAAGCCUGCACUGUUGCUCAGAUCGAGCCCUGGAGGCCCACAGACUUGCACGGGUUAGUCUUUCACCUGUCCCAACUCAUGCACUUGAGCUCAUGAAGCACUUCAUAGUGAUCCAACAGUAAACUGUGCGAGGGUGUGAUCCUCCAGGCCUGAAUCUGAGCAGCCUGGGGCUACCUACUGUCCAUACUUCAGCCCAUCAGUAUCAAGACUGAUUGGGAAGAAAUGAUACGGGUUGUAUUGUGACACACGUGUGUGUGUGUGUGUGUUAAAGACACAGUGCAUUGCAGUCAGUACAAUGUUUUUGUAACAUCAAGUAUACCCUUUUUGUCGCCCCCUAAUGCAUAAACUGCCAAACAUGUCUGCCUGUAAACAAACAUCCUUCAUUAUAUUGCUGUAGUGUGUUUUGCAGCAAUGUUCUCAUGUAAAACAAUAGGAAAAUUUGGCAUCUGUGGUUGACAAAGAUAUGAUUCUGCCUUACAGAGAACUUGUUGAUGUAGGUAGAAAGUUACUCAUUUUACCAGCUUGGUUUAAGAUCAGUUUAUACAUUCCUGGAAUUUGUCUAGUGUUUGACUUUCGGUAUAAGAUGCUGAUUAUAGAUGGACCCAUGUGGGUAACUUCUGCCUAUUUUCAGUAUACUGUUAACUGUGUAUUGUGCCUAAGAGAGUUCACUGUUCUGAUAAAGUCCUCAUGUUUUAUCCUGACUUCACUGUGGUUAACCACUGGCUGACAUUGGUUAAGUGUUCUCUGUUUGAUGUAUGCUUGGUUAUCAUACUUAUCACAUUUCUCAGCUGAGUGCUAAUCUGGGAUCAGCACUUGUCUUUGGUUUGAGGCCCUUGAUAAGUGUAUACAUGUUCUAACUAAAUUUGCCUACCCUGGUGGUCUGGGCAUUGUGUCCCACACCAGUCAAGAGGAGUCUUUCUCAGUCUUGGUGCUGCUGCAUGCUGAAGUGAUUAUUUACACUGCAAAAAGAUAUCUUGGAAAGAGAAAUACUCUUAAAUAUAGGCAAUAAAUCUAAUGAUUCUCAUUAUGAGACUGGUGUAAGUAUGUUGUAAGGUCAUUCAACCUGUUUUUAAACAUUUUUACUUAUGUAAAGUGAAAUUUGUCUUACAACACUCGCAGGUAAUUGUGUUUGAAACAACUGCUUAAAGGAAAUAAGUUGAAUAAUCUUGUAAUGUUCUUAGAACAAUCUCAUAUUGAUGUAUAUUAUAUGUAUUGCCUGCAUUUAUGCUUUCACUUGCUACGAUGUACCAACUUUUUGCAUAUCGUCUAAUGCAUCAGACCCUAAGAUUAGGCUUGUGAGAGCACUGAGAACUUGUGUAGCUCAGCAGAUUCCCAGAACUAGGACUAGGAAAUGUGAACACAGGAUUUUACCCUCUAAUAAUGACCAGCUAUGGGUGAUGAAGGGACAUUUUAUAGGCUGCUUGAUCUUUCAUUUUCAUCAGAGGUCGAAUGUAGGCCAAGACUGUCAUUGUUCAGUUGUUACCUGAUCUAAGCUUGACUUGCUGAAAACACAGGCUAAUUUAUUUCUAAUUAUUUGUCAUUUCAUGUUAAAUAUGAAAGAUUUGUAUUUAAUAAUGUACAUGUCUUAUCAUUUUUGAAAUCUAGUUAUCUAUGAACCCAUAUAUUCUUCUUACAGAUUCCUAAUGUAAAGGAAGCCCUGUGAGGCUCAUCUGUUAAAACAGGACAUUCAGAAUGUAAACCGGACUCUGUAAAGAUGUUGUGUAUUCACAGUGUGAUGCUCAUGGAUUUGUGGAUGAAGUAAAAAUAUAAAUGGAUUAUUUUUGUGUUAGAAAAGUAUAGCAAUAAUUUAGAGAACAUCUUGUGUUUUGCAAACUGUAAUAAAAAGUUGAAAAAAG